AUGGAGUUGCUGCCAAAUAACCACCGACCCCCUACCAACCCAAUAUCCGGCAUUGGAUCAUCCGCCCUCGCAUUAAAGCGGUCUCGCGUUGUUGUUUCGCAGUCGAAACGAGGCUGUGUGACCUGCAAGACACGUCGGGUGAAGUGUGACGAGCAGAAGCCUCUGUGUCGGAGAUGCGUCCAAGCAGGCCGACUAUGUGGCGGCUACAAGUACAACCACGAAAACAAGGCGUCAGCGCCUUUGCGGCCUGCUCUAAAAGUGGGCGUUGCAGCGGAUAGCCACACGGAGAGGCUCAGUUGUCUUGCUGCUCAUGUACUGUGUCUCGACAACAACGGCCAUCCUUUGCAAGAAGACGGUGUCUGGGGCCGCAUAUUUCUCCAGCUAUCGAACCAAGUCGAAUGCGUCAAGGCCGCUGCCACCGCGUUUGGGGCUGCCUAUGAAUCAUCGCUCAACAACGCCAUCGAAAAGCGCCCCUGUUCUGCCUGGCAUUACUACGGUUUGGCUCUGACGAGGCUCCAGUCGGAUAUCAACAACGGGACUGCCGGGCCAGAGUCCCUAGCUCUGGCAUCAAUGGUCCUCGCCUGCGCCGAGAUCUUAAGCCAGCAGGAACGAAAUGCGUUCGCCCAUUUUCUUGGGGCCGUACAGAUUUUGACCACUUAUCAAGAUGGCCAGGGGGCUUCUAGGUCAUCUGCUGGCAUUCUCAGCACAAUCAAAGACGAACUAACCAAAUUUGACGUCUUGAUUAGCAGUUAUGCCAUAUCCCAGACGCCGGCAUUUAUGUACAUGGAAUCUCAAUGGCAAGGAGCCGCCGCCGGAGACGACGUGUUCCGUGACCCGGAGCUUGCCAUCAACGCCGCGAUGCUCUGCCUUCACCGGUCAUACCAGUUCAUGGAGUCGGCUGCCAAGCUACGGUAUACGUAUCCAAGCUGGAAAGCGCACGAUCCCAUCAUGUGCAAGGGCCAAUCCGACGUAGUAACCCAAUGCCGCUCGGUUCUCGAUGGCCUGGCGGCGCUUGCCACGACACUGCAAUCCCAGUACUCUUCCGCGACGUCUACGCUGAGAGAGGCGGAGACGCUGGCCGAGAUUUAUGCCCUUCGCACCCAGCUUACGUCAACCAUAAUUUACCUCAUGUGCGUCGACAGCCCGUUCCAAACGGGGUACGACGAACACCACGACCGAUUUCAAGGCAUUGUAAGUGACGCGGCAGCAUCGGCGCGGUUGAGGCGGCGGGCCCAAACCAGCGCUUUCAAACGCUUCUCAACGCGUCCUGGCGUGGUAAGCUCUCUGUUCAUUGUCAGUAUGAAGUGCAGAGAUCCGGCGCUGCGUGCGUUGGCGACGACGCUGCUCAACGAACAAGGUCGCGAGGGGCCUACCGAUGGACAUAUCAUGGCCGCGAUCGGUGCUCGAGUAGCUGCCAUUGAGACAUCUGCCUGUAAGGCUUCUUCCGGCGGCUCGCUAGCUCCCGGUGACGUCCUAGAGGAACAGAGGGUUCACGGCUACGGGGUUUCCCCUCCAAGGUUGAAUGGCGAGGGCCGGCGAGUCGUUGAUGUUGAGUUCAGCCGGCCAAAGAUACCUCUCGUGCAGGGGUGGGGACAUGUUGGUUACGCGUGUCUGGAUAACUGGAUCUUCUGGUCGGAGGCCAUCGACUUUUAG